CAGUAAUAUCCUAGUGAACGUACUUAGUCGUGAGUACUCUACUACCAGUAUUUCAUAGGAACAUUUGAGUACAUAAUAGCUUUUUUAGCACUUAACUAGAAAAUGCUUCUAAAUAUUUAAUCUCCUAAAUAGUUGAAAAGCUCUUCACAGAAUGUUAUAAAAACUCCUCAGGUAAUUGCUUAGUACCUACAGUGUAUGUACUGAGACGAUUUUCAACAGAGUACUCGGAACGGUACCCCGAUGACAACUGAGCAAGUAGACGAGUACCUUGAAUUCAGAAUAUUGAGUAGAGUAGUUUAUUUGUGGAGUUACACUGAUUGUGCUUUUCUUUUUAUUUUUGAGAUUAUCUACAAUUUUGAACUUAUCCUUUUACAAUAUAUGACAUAUGCUAACCGAAAUUCCAUCAGGGAAAACUUUAAACACUGCCGAUGAAAUAAUUAAUAAUUCUUAAUAAUUGAUUUUAUUUUAGCUUUACGGAGCUUGUAGCUCAAGUACACCAGAUUGUUUUUUUCUCCCUAUAACUAAUUGUUCAAUUCCAUCUAAAGUCGAUGGUAAUCAAACAAUUAAAAUCAAUGCUAACACAGGUCAUUGGCCCAAGCCUAUUCUUCCACCUAUAUUUCAAAAUCGAACAUUUAAUUGGUAUCGUGCACAAUUGUUAUUUUAUUUAAUGCGAUAUAAACCUGAAACAUUAGCUCAUGUACAGAAUACCAUAGCACUGUAUUUUAAAUCACCUUCAAUUGAUUUUCAUCAUCCUUAUAUUGCGGUAUAUGUGCGUCGAUCGGAUAAAGUUCGAAGUAGAGAAAUGUCUCAAGCGUAUACACUUAAACAAUAUUUUGAUUUAUUUGAUGCUGAUGCUCGACGAGCAAAUAUAAGUAUAAUUUAUAUUAAUUCCGAAGAUGAACAAGUUUUCAAUGAGUUUGCUCAAAUCAAUAAAGAAAAACAAGACUAUUAUAAAUUAUUAAAUAUACCAGUACAAAGAAAUGUUGUUUUUGGAUCAUUAAUUCACAUGAAGAGUGAACAACGUAGAAAAAUCAUACUAGAAUUUCUAAGUGAUUUAUUUAUUGAAGCUAAUGCAGAUUUACAUGUUGGAACAUUAACAUCAAAUUGGUGUCGAUUGGUUGAUGAAAUGCGACUUGUACUUGGAAAAACAAUUCCUUUUUAUACACCUGAAAAUAAGUUGUUAAUGGAUUGGCGACGGCGAAAAUGA